AUGUUUAAAGAAUUAAGAUCCUUAAUUAAUGAAACAAGUGCACAAAUUCCUAAAAAGAAUAUUGCUUAAGUUUAGAAACACAAUUAAUUAAGACAAAUGAAUUUGUUAUAGAAGAAAAUAUGUGCUCCCUCAAUUCAAUAUUCUAUGUUUCAAUCAGAUUUUGGUACAUUUGAAUACUAGAUUGUCCCUUAAGAGAGUUCAGAUUCAGAAUCCAUCAUAUCCUCGUCUUCCUAAUACCCUUCCUUACAUUUUGUUGCUUCUUUAAUCUUUCUAAAUGCUUAAUAUUCUUAGAUACCUUGUUCAACUGUUCUAAAGGAUAGUUUGAUAUCAAAAUUGAUUGUUAAAAACAUAGAUAAAAAUAUUGAUUUAGUUAAAGUUUAAGAGUUUAUUGAUACAUUACCAAUUAAUGGAUUUGUCUUGGAAUUUAAACUUAUAUAUUAUUAAUCAAAUCCUUGUAUUAUAUUUUAUUUGAAAACCGACUAACCAUUAAUAGUCUUUAAUUAAUUUGUGAAUAAAUCAAACUCUAAGAUUGCUAAAGCAAUAUUCGGUUACAAGUUUACAUGUGCUUAAUUGACAAAAAAAAUUCCUUAAGAAUUUGCUGCUGUAAUAAUAAGAGGUUUAGAUGAUAAUUUAAAUGGAAGUCAAAUUGAAAAAAUUAUCUGUUAUACUUUGAAUAUGAAAUAAAAAGAAUGUAUAUUAGAAAGNUUUUUACUUAGGGAAUUGGUUGUUAUAAGGUUGGUUGACCAAAUUUGGGAGCUUAAGUUGCGGCCAAAGGUUAGGCAGGGGUGGCAUUGCUAUAUGGACGAUUAGACAUCUGAUUAUUUAAAUAAUAAAGAUAUAUAUAUUUAUAUAUUUAUUAUCAAGUGA